AUGGAAGUCGACGACGUCCUCCAAGAAUGGACCUGGCGCCAGCACUUUGAUCUGAUUCACAUGCGCCAGCUAAUAGGCGCCUUCACACCGGAAGAAUGGGACGGUCUGUUCAGCCAGUGUUACAAAAAUCUAAACCCAGGAGGCUGGAUCGAACAGAUAGAAGGUGACCCCCGAAUCAACUGCUCGGACUCUACCAUGUCCACAGACUCCAACGUGGUCAAGUUCACGGAAGCGGUAUUCCGCGCUGGGAAGGAAUGGAACCACCCCCUCGAUACGCUGGACACGAUGCGCGCCGCUAUGGAAAAGGCCGGCUUUGUCGAUAUCCAUGAGAAGGAGUAUAGGUGGCCUGUUGGGCCGUGGGCGCGAGACCCUACGCUCAAAGAAGCGGGAAGGUUACAUUAUCACCAGUGGACGGCUGGUAUGGAGGGUUGGGGCAUGUAUCUUCUUACGAAGUUUGGGUUCCCGACACCUUGGACAAAGGAGGAGGUGCAAGUUUUACUGGCGAAGGUUAGGAAGGAGUUGCAAGAUCCACGAGUUCAUAUGUGGCAGUAUGCGAGGAGAGUUUGGGGGAGAAAGCCUACGGAAGAGGAGGCGAAGAUAAAGAGUGAGGAUGUUGCUAUGGACACUGGCAUGUAG